AUGGACUCUUUAAAAUUAGUCGCUGAAUCGAUACCAUUCAUAAAAAAGAUAGCAAAAGAGGGAAAGAUAGAGCCAGUGUACUGUCUGAUCAUUUUUGUGGUGCUUUCGCUGAUUAUUAUCCAAAAGACAAUAUUUGGAAAUCUCAUUGCCUGCUUACUUUCAAUCUAUUUUCCUGUCAGAGAAGCUAUCCUGUCUAUCCAGUCUCCAGCACCAAAAGUAGCAGAACAAAGAAAGCUCCUAAUUGUUUUUAUUGCAUUUUCGUUCUUUACUGCGUUGGAAAGUGCAGGCAUACGGCGAGUCAUUCCUAUUUUCUCAAUAGUUAAGAUUGCAUUUCUUUUUUGGCUGGGAUAUGACGAGAAGCAUGCAAAUGCAAUUUGUGACAUGACCUUAAAGAACGUGCCACAAAAGUGGCUACACUGUGGAGAUACAAUUGAGACAGCAGUUAAAAAGGCUGCAAAGUCGGUUGAGGACAGAAUUGAGAUAAAGAAAGGAUCUAUUGAGAUAAACAAGGAUUAA